AUGGCGAACAAAAUAGCGAUGCUGAUGGUGGUGGUUGUGGUGGCGGUGAUAUGCGGCGGCGGCAAGCGGCAGUGCGCCCUGGCCGACGCCGCCUGCGACCAACAAGUUCAAGCCCUCUCUAACAAUUGCUAUAGCUACGUAGCGAAGGGCACUACACAAACUACGCCGUCGGCGGCAUGUUGCACAGCGGUCAAAGCUACAACAGUCGCCUGCGCAUGUUCCUAUGUUACGCCUAUUGUUGAGGCCUUUGUUGACGCUAAUAAGGUGGUUUAUGUUGCAAGUUAUUGUGGAUUGGCUGUUCCUCAUGGCACAAAAUGUGGCAGUGUUACUGUUCCAUAA